GCUAUGCCAGUUUGAUGCCAGUCAUAAAAGUCCGUCUCGGCGGGAGGCUGUGCUUUGUGGGGCUGCGGACGCGCUAAACACGCGGACAGUGCUGGUUUCGGACUCGAAAAUGACCAGUUACCUUUGCGAGGUUCAGAAAACUUCUAUGAGGCAAUCACUUGCAGUCCAGUAAUCAAGCCAACAACAUGGUGACCAAAACAAACAAACCUGUCUCAAGAUAAGCGCCAAUCCUUCGUAGUUUUUACAGGAAGAGGAUCGCCAUAUAUCCCAUGGCAAAAUGUGAACGUUUGCAGUGCAAGAAUCUUGCCAAGAUGUCAGUUAUCUACAACACCAGGAAUGCGUUCUUCAUGCUGUGCUUGCUGCAAAGUGCUCUGAGUUGUUUGGAUGAUCAGAAGGUUGAAGUGGGGCACAAGUUUUCGGUUGAAGAGCUGUUGAGUGUGGUGUUCCAGAAGAAGACUUCUGGAGAUGUUGAUUUGGAUCCUUGCAAAGCAGGCAGUUUUUUGGGAGAUAUAGCACUGCCAGACGAGGAAAUAGCGCCCAAACCCAAAUUAAAACACUCGCUACUGCAAGAAGAAUUGGAAAAAUACAAACAAGAGGUCCUGGAAGGUUUACAAAUUGAAGAAGAAGGCUUGAACGAGUUCAAUCGGAAGAUUUCGAAACAACCACCUGAUGUUUUCGGUUAUAGCAACGGAAAUGAUCCAUUAGACGACCUGGGGACGCCUCAACGCAAAUCGUAUUCACUAAAAUCAUACGCUUUCAAUACAAAAUCACCCAAAAGGAAGAAUAGUAGUGAGGAGGUCGAGUUAAGGGAUCAGAACAAGAGAAAACACCAUAAUUCUACCUUGGAGGACGGUGUGAGGCAUCAGAGAAGGAAACGACAUCAAAACAGAAGAAAAAGAAGAAAAAACAAAGCUCAAAAUACCACUCCACGUCAUCAAGAAACACCGAUUCAUGAGUUUGAGCCUCAUUUCGAUUUGAAACGCAAAUCUACAGAUAGUCUGAGGGUGCUGAGAAGGAUUACAAGAGCUGCAACAGCUCGGAAAGAAAGAGUUUGGGACUAUGGAGUUAUUCCUUAUGAAAUUGACGGAAAUUUCAGUGGAUUGCACAAAGCGCUGUUUAAGCAGGCCAUGAAGCAUUGGGAGAAUUUUACUUGUGUAAAGUUUGUGGAAAGGAAUAGGGAUGAACAUCAGAACUACAUCAUUUUUACUGAGAGGCCUUGCGGAUGUUGUUCCUUUGUGGGAAAACGUGGAAAUGGUGGCCAAGCAAUCAGCAUUGGGAAAAACUGCGAUAAAUUUGGAAUUGUAGUCCAUGAACUAGGUCACGUGGUGGGUUUCUGGCAUGAACAUACCAGACCUGACAGGGAUAACCAUGUUAACAUCAUAAGAGAGAACAUUAUGAGUGGACAAGAAUACAACUUCAACAAACUCAACGAAGAAGAAGUCAACUCCCUAGGCCUAACCUACGACUACGAUUCGAUUAUGCACUAUGCUAGAAAUACCUUUUCCAAAGGAACCUAUCUGGACACCAUCCAACCAGUUGAUAUGCCUGGAAAAAAACGUCCAGAGAUUGGACAAAGAGUCAGACUGAGCGAAGGAGACAUUGCCCAAACUAACUUGUUAUACAAAUGCCCCAAGUGUGGUAGGACAUACCAGUUGAAUUCUGCUACUUUUGCUGCUCCGUCCUUUAAUACUGAUAAGAUUCCUGAAGAUGGUAUUAAGUGUGAGUGGAGAAUUACAGCAACACAUGGAGAAAAAAUAGUUUUAAACAUCACAGAGCUGGAUAUCGAGAAAUCACCUGAUUGUAAAGAAGAUUACUUGGAGAUCCGUGAUGGGUAUUGGCACAAAUCAACCAUUUUAGGAGUAUUUUGUGGUACUGGACAGAUUCCUUCAAUCACAUCGACUGGAAGCAGAAUGUUAGUGACCUACGUGACUAGAAAACCGAGUGGACAUAGAGGUUUUAUUAUUAAUUACGAAGCAAUGUGCGGAGGUGAGUUCUUCAUAGACACUGAAGGACAUCUGGAGUCACCAAACUAUCCUGAAGAGUACCAACCUAACAAAGAAUGUAUCUGGAGGAUCACUGUACCAGAAAACUACCAAGUAGCGCUAAAAUUCCAAAGUUUUGAUGUCGAAAACCACGACAACUGCGUCUAUGAUUACGUAGAGAUCCGUGACGGCAUAACAUUCGACUCUCCAAUCAUUAAAGUAUAUUGUGGACACAAAGUACCAGGAGAUAUAAUUUCCACCUCGAAUAAGAUGUUGGUGAAGUUUGUAUCGGACAGUUCAGUACAAAAAGGCGGGUUUUCUGCUAAUAUAAUGAAGGAAUACGAUGAAUGCUCAAAAGUAGAUCAUGGAUGUGCCCAACAAUGCGUUAAUACUCUUGGCAGUUACGUUUGUACCUGUAGGUUGGGUUUUGAGCUACAUUCUGAUGGGAAAAAUUGUGAAGGCGCUUGUGGAGGCAUGUUUGAGAUACCCAAUGGUACAAUUACAUCACCAUCAUUUCCAGAUUUGUACCCAUUCAACAAAAACUGCGUUUGGGAAAUAGUGGGUCAACCAAAUCACCGAAUAACCCUUAAUUUCACUCAUUUUGAUUUGGAGGGAAACAACAAUGCUCAACAGCAGCAAUGCGAGUAUGAUCGCGUGGAUGUUUUCAGUAAGUUGAAAGAAGGUAGAAUGAGGAAGCAUGGUUCUUUUUGUGGUUCAAAGGCUCCAGCAUUGAUAACUUCUGAAGGAAAUAUGAUGAGGGUAGUGUUUUAUUCGGACACUAGUGUUCAGAAGACUGGAUUCGCUGCAGUGUUCUAUGCUGAUAUGGAUGAGUGUGCUAUCAAUCACGGCAACUGCCAGCAUGAAUGUGUCAACACUUUAGGUUCAUACAAAUGCGUGUGUCAUAACGGUUACACACUGCACGAAAACGGUAAAGAUUGUAAAGAAGGAGGUUGCAAGUACGAAAUCUCUACUCCUUAUGGCACUUUAGGCAGUCCAAACUAUCCAGACUAUUAUCCAGCAAGAAAAGACUGUGUAUGGCAUUUCAGCACAACUCCUGGCCAUAGAGUUAAAAUAGUGUUCCAGUUUUUCGAGUUGGAGCCCCACCAAGAGUGUGCUUAUGACCAUGUGGAUUUUUAUGAUGGUUCUUCGGCAGAAGGUCGAUCUUUGGGACGGUUUUGUGGUUCCAAGUUGCCUCCCUGGAUCGUGGCCAGUGGAAACCAACUUUUUAUGACUUUUAGAUCGGACACUAGUGUUCAAAGGAACGGAUUUUGGGCUACACAUUCUACAGUUUGCGGAGGUAUGCUACAUGCUACAGUGGACAAAAAACAUAUAUACUCGCACGCCAAGUUUGGGAGCUCAGAUUAUGACCAAAGAGCUGAUUGUGACUGGACCAUAGAAGCCUCAAUGGGCUACAAUGUUCGUCUCUCAUUCCUAACUUUUGACGUAGAAGACGAAAAAGACUGUGGAUACGAUUAUGUGGAGAUUUUUAGUGGUUUAGACUCCAGUGGUCCAUCCUACGGAAAAUUUUGCGGCACUAAAAAACCUUUCGACAUAACCUCCACCCACGAGGCUCUCCUGAUCAGAUUCAGAUCAGACGAUACGAUCAGCAGCAAAGGUUUCAGCUUGGUUUACGAUGCUGUAGAACAGUCUUUUAGCGAAGAAGAAGAAAUUUAAUAUUGAUUUUUCGAGCUGGAUCAAUGAUUAGUUCACUUUACGGCUAAGAGAUGGCGCCAGGAGCGUUUAGUUUCGAUUUUCUCCACUAGAUCUCGCUAGUUAAGGUGUUCGGUGCGGUUUUUUCGAUGAAAAACUUAUGGAAUGAAUAUUAUAAUAGUGAUGUACUGGUUAAUUUAAAUUAAUUUAUUGUAAUUUUGUUUGCGUUUUCUAAUUCUAGUACUUAAGCAAGUUUCGUACGUGUGCAUGAUGUGACGAAUCCAUUUAAAAAUAUACUGAGUGUCGGUAGUUUUACUAUUAAUAGGAAUUCGAAGAAAAUUAAAACGUAUCGGAUAAUAUGUUGUAAAUAUUUCGGUUUAUUAGUUGAGGAUAAUUUUUUCGUGUAAUAAUAAAAUAAACGGUUUAAAAUAUA